AUGAGUAGACUUUUUUAUUUUCUACUCACCACAUGUUGCACUCGCGUACACUUGUCGUGCUUCUUCUUCUUCUUUACUGCAUGUCUGGUGUAUGAGAAAGCAGUUCAACAUGAGAGAACUCCAUCGCGAAAUGCAGCCCAUGUCCAUCCGAUGGACAGUCUCAAUAAUCGACGCGACUUUUCUUCGCCCGACACGAUGUUGAAGCAAGCGCCAUGGGCGUCUUUUCUGGCUUUGGAUCAGAAAAGUUUCGGAAGAUGGCCCUUGCCUCUUGGAGAGUCUGAGCAGAGCAAAUGGUCCUUCAACUCCGACAGAGCACGAGAGACGCGAUUGCAACAGCCGAGUCCAGCCGGUCAUCAGCAACGGCCACGCUUGGAUUCGAGGCAUCACUUCCGGACGACAAAAAAUAAAAAGAUUGUGCCCCAAUCUUUGCUACCGAUGCUUCCAAAGAAGACUACAUCCACUUGUCAACGUCGGCAAUUUCACCAAUUCGACGAGUAUGUCGCACUGAAUGAGGCAACGUGUCACCUGCAUUGUCGAGAUGUGCAACCUGACAACCUACUGCCGCUGACUUGGAGACAUUUUGAGAGGAACAAUCCUCCCCAGACCAUCAUCCCUCAGACAACCUCCAGCCUCGGUCCCUUUUUGAUGGUAGCACGCAACAGGUACAAGUAG